UUCGCUUGUGUUCUGUCUAGAUCUAGCCAGUUCCUUCGACUGCUCUAGUCCUCCGCCUUCCGCCAUGGCACCCGCCUGGGUCUUGCUCGAUCGCUUCGUCAAGCCCUCCGCCUUCGAGGACAAAGAGAGCGAAGAUGAGGGAGAAUCGACCGGUUGCCCGAGGAAGUAUAUACUACCCAGAUUAAGGCAGGAAGUGCCCGCCGGCAUGCGGGACGUGAAGCCCUACCCACAAGUUGCCGACCCGCCCUGUGUAUCUCUCUUCUCCAUGGCGAUGCCGUGGAAGGCGAUCAGGGUAGUGAAACGCGUCUAUGUCCAGUGUGCCGACAAGAACCUGGUCUUGUUCUACGCCGGCGCGGGCGACCCCGGCUCCUGUUCUCACGGUUGCUACCUGAUCUACGACGCCAUCGACCGCUCUCUCACUCCCGUGCAUACGUUCCCCUAUCAUGUGCCCGGAAUCGUCAUGCUCGGCGGAGCUGCUGUCCUGCGCCACACCGGCGGAGGAGACGGUGCCUAUGUCCUCGCCGAGCUGCUCAGGCCGUUUGAUGGCGACCUUCCCGAUGCCACGCUCCUCAUGUGGUUGUCGCGUUCCCCCGCGACCCCCGGCGACCCGCCCGGCCAAUGGAUCAAGGAGGACGUUCGCCUUCCCCCCGAGGUGUGCACGGGCACCGAACCCUUCUUCUCCGACUUGGAGUUCUCGUCUGGGGAAUCGCGCCUGUGCUGGGCCGAUCUGUUCAAUGGCAUCCUGUUCUGCGACCUUGCAACGCUGCGCACGCCUCGUUUCCGUUUCAUCCCAUUACCCAAGGGUUGCUCCUUCGACGUCGGCGAGUAUGGCCGGCCGCGCAUGGAUGAGUUCCGAACCAUAGGCUGUGUCGGCGGCGUCAUCAAGUUCAUCGACAUGGAAGUCUAUACCAAAGACGGGGCCCCCAUUGACGAGGUGAAGCUGACCACCUGGACUCUCGCACCCGACCUCAGUGAGUGGAAGAAAGGCCCUGCGUGUAGUGUUGGUGACAUUUGGGCAAGCGAAAAAUUCAUAGCCAUGGGGAUGCCGCGGCUUAGACCGAUGUGCCCUGUCCUGAGCAUGGUUGACAAAGAUGUUGUCUGUGUAGUCAUGACUGAUGUCGAGGUUGAGGAGAAGAACGUCAGAAAUUUUGACGACGCAGGCAGAACAUUGAAGAUCAAAGCCCAGUAUGUUCUUGACAUUGAUGUGCGGCGUAAGCAAGUUUUAUCCAUCACCCAGCGCGGCAUCGAAAGUAUGGUGGAUCCUGUACCCUAUCUCAUCGCUUGUGAAUUCAGUGCAUACCUAGAGCUCUCAAAGGAUAGGCAGACAACGGUGGAAGGAUGUGAGUCCGAGGAAAGCACAAAGAGGAUGAAGCUUAAAUGAUCUCUGCAUACAUCGUGUGAGGACGAAUCGUUGGAUGGUUUUUGCAACAUAUCAAGUAGGAUUAAUAUUGUAGGUUGGUGUUUGAUUAGCACCCGAUCAUUUGGCAGGAUGGAUGUGAUUUUUAUCUUUCUCUAAAAGUUAUGAUCUCACUAUCAGAUCGUACUACAACUGAAUUCCGAGUGCUAUUUGUUAUUACUGGUGGUUUUAAAACAUUAUUUGCUAA